AUGUCUACCAGGUUUGGUAACCGCGCGCUUUUAUUUGCGUUCAUUGUGCCAUCUGUAUCUUUUGCCACUUUAUAUAAAGGAGAUAAAUGUUCUUUACAAGACGGCAGCGAAGGCAAGUGUAAGCUUAUAAACGACUGUCCGGCCGCUGUGCAACUCUUAAGAACAAAAAUCCAUCCGAAGAUAUGCGGAUUUGAAAGAAAUGAUUCCAUUGUUUGUUGCGAAGAUGGUGAAGAUGUGACAGAAACGACUGGUACCGUCAAGACAAACAGCAGAACAGCGGGAGAUAUAAGCAAACAAAAAUGCGAAAAAUAUGCGGAGUACGCCUAUGAAAAAAUCCAAUCGCCCACGCUGUUGCUUAAUCCGCAUAUUACAAAGAGACUCGUGUGUGACAUUCCGAGGAAUAGACUGGUUGUGGGAAGUUCCCUGGCUUCAAGAAGGGAAUUUCCUCAUAUGGCUGUUAUUGGUUACAAUCAGGACGGUGAAGUUAAAUGGAGUUGUGCAGGUUCUCUUAUAAGUGAAAACUUCGUCCUCACAACCGCGCACUGCUUGUUUAUAGAAUUCCUCGGUCCUGCGAAAAUGGUAAGGGUUGGUUUAACAAAUAAGACGGACCUUACGCAUAUACAAGAACGGACAGUGAGUGAAAUCGUCCCCUAUCCCGAAUACAAUAAGACCAAAUACCACGAUAUCGGUCUCUUAAGACUCUCAAAAAACAUAAAGUUUAACAGUUACGUACGACCAGCGUGCUUACAAACAGAAAAAUAUAUUCCCUUUGUCUUAGCCAUAUCCUCAGGAUGGGGGGCCCUUGUUUGGGGAAAACCGAGCAACGACUUGUUGGCGAUAGUGCUGGAAUUUUACAGUGCUGAUAAAUGUAAUUACACGUACAGGCGGGCUAUUCGGCCUGGUGGCGAUUUGGAAAAUGGAAUCGUUGACGAUUUGAUGAUUUGCGCUGGUACAUCUAAAGCAGUAAAUAGUACAUGUCGGGGGGAAUCUGGAGGACCACUUCAAGUCUACCACAAGGAAACUGAAGAAAUGAAAUGUAUGUACGACAUCAUCGGAGUAACUUCCUUUGGUUUUCCUCCAUGCAGUUUACAAAACGACGUUCCAGAUGUGUACGUUAGAGUAUCAGCUUAUUUAAAAUGGAUAGAAGACACUGUUUGGCCGGAAUAAAGACGUGCUAUUUUAGCUCGACUUAGACCACUUGUGUCAGUGUAUUGUAAUUUAUUUUUUUUUAAACGUGAUUUCAA